GUAGUGAUAGUAGUUUGUUGUUUUUUUAGUAUGGUAGAAAACUUUUUAUUCUUGCAUCAACAGAACCCCCCAGUGGGACAAGCGAUUCAUAAUGGUUAAUCAGAUGUACAUUAUUGAAAUAAAGUUUAAGCAUGCAUGUUGAUUGGAUAUUUUAGAAGAAUGUAUUACACAUUAAUCAAGUAAUAAUUCUGGAUUUCUAACGAUGUCUUCUGCUACAAGUAGUGAUAAUUCAGACAUUCCUAUUAGAAUUCAAAAAAUAGCUGAUAAACACGAAAAGAGUGGAUCCAAAGUUAUAGUACCUAAAACUGUGUGUACUGAAAACGUUUUAGACGACCCAUACGAUAACGAAAAACUUUCUGAAUUAUCUAUCUCAUCAACCAUGAGUUGUUCAGAUUCAAUUAGUUCAUAUGAUGAUAGUGUCGAUACUUCAGACUUGGACGAAGGAGAGAACGAUAGAACAGAUAAGAAAAUGCAAGAAAGACUGCUAGCAAUUGAAAAAUGUUUUGAUACAUUAAAAACAUUGUUAUUUAAUGAAAAAAUGAAAGAAGUUGACAGGAAGUUAGUUGAAGUGAGAUUGGGUACAGCUGAAGAAUACCUUAAACCUUCACAAGAAUUAAAAAAUCAAAAGGAACAUAAACUGGAAUUAAUUAAAGCACGAAGAGUCGUCCAAUCAAUAAACGCAAAGAAUAAAUAUGAAGCGGAAAAACAAGCAAUUAUACAAAAUUUUGAGAAUAAUAAGGAAAUUUUAUAUGAUACUAUAAAAGCUGAUUUAGAAAAAAAAAUUCAGCAAUUAGAAGAAGCACGUAAUGAAGUAGAUAUAGAUGCUGCUCUUUGGUCAGGUCAUAGUUUAACAUGCAGUGGACGUGGACGUGGACAUGGACGUGGACGUGGACGUGGAAAACGACCCUAUGGCCAUGUACAACCCAAGCAGAAACCAGUUAUUGUAUCUGAACCAUGUAUAGUCUACAACCUCAGAGAAAAUGAAAUACUUGAAGAUUGGAUCUCAAUUAAAAAGUCUCUAUUAUCAUCAAAACGAAAAGAAAAUGCUGAGCAUCGAUAUAAACCAUAUAAUUAGAGCAACAAGUUAUUUCAGAAAGUUCCAUUGUUUGUAUUUUAAGUAGGGAAUUAUACCAAAACUUUUAUGUACUAAUUUAAUGAGUAAACUCUUAAUAUGUUGUCCCCCAUUUUACACUUGAAAACUUAAAUUCAAAUCAUUCAAAAUAAUAUAUCCUUGGUAUCUUUGUUUAUAUCAAGUUAUUAAUUGACAACAAUUUGUAUUCUUCUCUACCAAAC